UAAUAUUAGCUUAGUUUGAAAAACAAGGAUUAGGUUCGAUUAACAUAUUGUAAGCGGGGAGUAAACCCACUCUGUAAUCAAUUCAACUGAUUUGUAAAGUUAUUAUAAGUUAAGCCACAAAAUGCGUCAAAAAGAUCUGCGCCCAGCACCAGCUCUUAUUGAGUAUAAGGGCAUGAAGUUCCUAAUCACCGAUCGACCAUCAGACAUAACAAUUAAUCACUAUAUAAUGGAGCUUAAGAAGAACCAUGUUAACACGGUGGUGCGUGUGUGCGAGCCCAGCUACAAUACGGACGAGCUGGAGGCCCAGGGUAUUACUGUUAAGGAUCUAGCCUUUGACGAUGGCACCUUUCCGCCCCAGCAGGUCGUCGACGAGUGGUUUGAGGUGUUGAAGGACAAAUAUCAGCAGAACCCCGAGGCGUGCGUUGCAGUUCAUUGCGUAGCUGGUCUGGGACGUGCCCCCGUUUUGGUUGCGCUUGCACUCAUCGAACUGGGCUUGAAAUAUGAAGCAGCUGUUGAAAUGAUUAGAGAUAAGCGACGCGGCGCUAUCAAUGCCAAGCAGCUCUCAUUUUUGGAGAAGUACAAGCCGAAGGCGCGUCUAAAGCACAAAAAUGGCCACAAAAAUUCAUGUUCUGUGCAAUAGAUUUCCAAAACCAUAUGUAUAUUCCCACCAGAUAAAAAGUGUUCAUUUUUUCAAAACAAAAAAA